GACGGUAUUACCGGGGGCGCCGCUCAUAUUACAGGACCGUACAGCCGCUCCUCCCAGUGCGCCCGGGAUCACACCAGCGCCCCCUGCUGCUAGUGGGGAUCCAGUGCAUGUAGUGUGGUUACCGUUACCGGAGCGUCUCUUCCUCCGCAGAAGAUGGCGGAACUGUCUCCGGUGCUACAGCCGCACAGGGAUGGAGGCAGCCGGCUCGGCUACACCUUGUUCCCCAGCUCGGAGUGCGAAUCUGAAGCCGAGCUGUCCCUGAGCUUGGCCCGGACCAAGACCCGCUCGUACGGCAGCACGGCCAGCGUGACGGCGCCCUGGGCUGAGCGGCUCAUCGAGCAUGAGGUCGGCCCCAGCGACACCCUGCAGGGCAUCGCCCUCAAGUACGGGGUGACGAUGGAACAGAUCAAAAGGACCAACAAACUGUUUUCUACUGAUUGUAUCUUCUUGAGGAAGUCCUUAAAUAUUCCUGUUAUAUCAGAGAAGCCCUCUCUUUUUAAUGGACUAAGCUUAUUGGACUCGCCAGAAAAUGAAUGUCAAGAGGAUAGCAAUGCAGCGGGUGAAGAAGAGGUGUCCCCGCCAGCAAAUCAUACCCCUUCACUCAGCAGUCCCAAAAGCGGCCGACCAGUAGUUACACAAGAUGAAGAGCUAUCUGCCAAAGACUUCCUUCAUAGAUUGGACUUGCAGAUAAAGAGAUCCACACAGGCAGCCAAAAGACUGAAAGAAGAAGAAUACCUCAGGCAUGAAGAAGAGGAGGACUCCUAUGCAACUGCCUCCUAUCAGCACUGAGCGAUAAGUAUCCUUCCUGUGUGACCUACCAUCCAGUGGAAGCUGACUGAAGACCCACCAACAAAAUAUCUAAGAGACUUCCUAUAAAAUAAAAUCCAUAGCUUAUAUUUUAUUACUAUAUUACACUGAAAUGAAAUUCCUGUUCUUUUAUCCACCACUAUUCAGUGUCCUUAUUAUACCGCAUUCACAAUCAAGUUACCGCCUUUUCAUUGCCGACAUCUUGUAGCAGAUUAUUUGCGAGAUAAAUUACCUUGUGUUCUGAGUUCCAGGUUGUGUUAAAAAGGGACGGUUCCCGCCACUGAAGACUGUUUCCGAACUGCUCAGCCGCAGUGUUACGUUACAAUAUGGUGUGGAUGUUGUGUGUGUUUUUUAGUUUUUUUUUGUUUUUUUAUUGCACCAUUACUGAAAAAAGAACUGAAUUAUUGAGUUCUCCUACAACUUCUUAAAGAAAUCAGCUUCUGUCUUCAUACAGGCAAGGGUAACGGUCAAAAAGAAUCUGUUUUCUUCCAAAUGUGACAAUGGAAAUUAGUGGCCUAUCUAGUCAUUCCAUUGU